AUGCAGGAACCAUGUGGAUCUUCUCUUGCAGGAGCCGGUAUUCGUCUUCUCGUGGCGAUAAGCUAUUUGCUCCAGAUUGCCUCUACCGGCGGUUUCGAGUACGGCCACUGCUAUUCGGUGCCAGGAUCGCAGGUGACUGGAUGCCCUGGCGGGAUUCGAGCCAGCAGGUGGGCCGGUCUCGGCUUAAGACAGACCCAUCUGCCCUCGGAGCUAGACUACAAACAGACGAGUCAGUGGAAUGGUUGCUCCUCGCCAGGCGCCAAUUGCACUGGAGCGCUCUCGCUGUUGAGGAGGGCACUGAUCACGAUGGUCACCGUCGUGACG